UAAGCAUCAACUGAGUUUACGCGUAAUGAUUUGUGUUUCUCCACGAGUGCUUCCCGUUGAGCACAAUAUUUGCGGAGAGGAUUCUGUGGAUAAAAUAUAGUCCGCGUGCACUCACCAGGGGGCGUAACUGAACCUCGUCAUUUGAGGAACCUCAGAUCACCCCCGCUGCUGGACCAUUAAUCUUUGUCUACCACUAAAGGAUUCAUGAUUCGCUACUGUUGUCUGAGAACAAAAACUUCUACUGGAUUAAACUUCACUUUUCACGGGGAAGGUGUUUUUUUUGGACGCAGAGAUUGUAUUUAUUCUAUCCCAUCAUGGGAUUGAUAAGAGUUUAGAUGUGAUAAAACUGGAGUAACAAAACUAUUAAUGAGAGAAAAGGUAUUGAACUCUUGUAGUGAUAAAGGAGAAAUAAUUGAGUGAAAAUUCCGCUUACUUCUAGGAUGGAAGGUCUUGUGAAAGGUUUUCCAUCAGCCAUGUUUUUGUUGGUGUGUUCGAUUUGGAUUCUGAAUAGUUCAUAUGCAAAUAGAACAGAUGCACCAAAUUCUUUGACCUACAACCACCAACAUCUUUUGGGGAACAAAAUAGACCAUGCGUGUACCAACUUUACUUUUGGUUCCAUGGAAUUCUACAGUCCAAAUUACCCAGGGAAAUACCCGAACAACCUAGAGUGUGUCAGAGCCAUUGAAGCACAACCAGGAUUUGAAAUUCAGCUCGACUUCCGUGAAAAAUUCGACAUGGAAUCGAGUGAAAAUAAAGAAUGCCGCUACGACUACUUGGAGGUUCGAGACGGACCGUUUGGGUAUUCUCAACUGUUUGGAAGGUACUGCGGGAAGCGCUUCCCACCCCUUCUGAUAUCCAAGGGAAGAUACUUGUGGCUGAGAUUUAUCAGCGACAAGGCUGCCAACUACACUGGAUUUAAAGGAGUAUACAGUUUCAUAAAAAAAGAAAACUACAAGCCAGAGAUGGAGAGACUCAGCGUCUGUCGGACACCCAUCAGCCAUAUGCACGGAUCUUUGUCGUCUGCUGGUAUGUCUACACUUUUGAAUGGCAAUGUAGAUUGCACCUGGGAAAUUCAGGCUCCACCAAGAAGCAAGAUUUUCCUGUCGAAUUUUAAAGUGGCUUGGCGCGUGCAACUGUCUUCUCCGUGUGAUUCCACAAGAAUCGAGGUUUACGAGACAUCGACAGCCCAGAGUUCUCUCAAGGGCUCCUAUUGCAUGGGAUUUAUACCGGACAUAGUCAUUGACAGCAGCGUGGCAUUCAUCAGAGUAUUUUCCCCUGCUCUGUCAAUCAAGCCGGAAAUGACGUUUUCAUACACCAUUCUAAGGGAGGCAAACAGACCAACUUUUAUAACAGCUACCUUUGAUUCCACGAAAAUGAAUGAUUUGGUGUGUUCUUCAUUUGAAUUCAUGUGUGAUAAAAGUUGCCUCAGCAGAUCACUGUUGUGUGAUGGCAUAAAAAAUUGUCCAUCGGGACAAGACGAGACGAAAUGUGAAGGAAAGGAAGAGGAUUCUGAAGUGCCUGUGUACGUCAUUGUUGCCGGUAUCGUAGGGGGUGUUUUAGUCACUGCAAUCAUCAUUAUCAUAUGUGCUUCCUUGUACUGCAAGGAGAACCGGAAGCGGAAGGAACGAGAGCUUGCUAAGCAUCAAGAAAAAAUCAAAGACAAUUCGAUAGAAAUGUCUAGUAAUAGUACAACAACCACACUAGGAAGUAAAAAGGGCGUCCCUCCCGUGGGUUAUUUUUCCCUACCGCGAUCCCACGGAGGCAAAAAUUACAAAGACCAUAGAAAUAGUUUGACAAACUCGCAGUCCGCCUCUGAAGGUGACUACCCGGAUCAGUCUUCAGAUCAGGGUACUUAUAAAAAGUUCACCGUGAUUGAUCCGUACAUGGAUGACGAGACAAGUCCUACUCUGUAUAAUCAAAGUCCGUGUCUUACAACCAUUAUAGAGCGGCAUGAUAUGCCCCCGCAGACAGAACUAGACGGUACCUAUGGGUGGACGGGAUACGGAUGGAAACAGCCGCCAUCAACGCUCACCGAAAAUCUGGCUAAGCUGGCACGCUACAAUAUGCCUCAGCAUGAACAGCAACAUCCACAAAAAAUGUACAAAUAUAGCCCAGAAAACAAAAUGUACAUGGACCCAAAAUACGAAAUGUAUCAAGAACAGAAAAUGCUAAUGAACAAAGAUUAUAAAAUGAAAUAUGGUACACCAGCUGAUAAAGAAUCGUCCUUACAAGAUGACCAUAACCAGAAACAGUUUCAAAUGAAAAUUCAAGAUCCCGAUAUAACGCGAGACUUGGAAGUGACGUAAUAAAGACCCGAAAGUGAUGUAACAAAGGCGUUUCAGGAUCAUUCAUUUCAUAUUCAAAACAAAUGGUUCAUUUCAUUGUGAAUAUGUAGAAAAAAUGAUUGUGUCAGUACUCAUUUGUAAAUAAUUCCCAUGUGUAAAUAUAUUUUUCUGAUAUUUUGCGUUUCAUUGGCUUGAUGUCUUGUGGGUAUGUAAGUAGAUUUAUACUGAAUUUGGAAUACAAAUAUUGAAAGUA